UAGAUUUGCUCACUCAUACUGCUAAAUAAGAGAAAAGAAGAAAAUCAAUGAAAUGUCCCUUUCAUUUGUUUUUCAUGUGCGAUAAUAAGUAACUACACGGAUGAUAUGAUCUGCACUGCCUUUAUCUCCAAUUCCUGCAGUGACAUUUCCUGCUGCGGAGAAGAUGGGGAAGUGGGCUUCUUUGUAUUUUGCUGUUUCUCUCGUUUCUGUCUCCAUCUUCUUCAACUCAAGUUUUGUGCUUUGCCUCCCCAGUGAUCCUCUCAACUCCAUUUUAGGUCAAGAAAACAUGGGAUCUUGGAAGGAUCAAACGCUGAGUUCUAAUGGAGAAACUCCGGGGCCUGCCGAUGAUGUGAGCACACUUGUAUUGGCAGCAAACAGGACAAAGAGGCCUGACAUUCUCUCUAAGUUUCAUAAAUACAGAGGUGGAUGGGAUAUUGCCAACAAACAUUACUGGGCUUCCGUUGGAUUUACAGGUGCAGCGGCUUUUAGUCUUGCCAUUUUAUGGUUCGUUUCUUUCGGUGUGGCUCUUCUCGUGCGGAUGGAAGAUAAACAUCUCCAGCAAUGAAGCAAGCGGUCUCUCAGCAUUGGGUGCAUUCUGCUUUCCGUGGGACAAGUCGACUUUCAUGGGGAAGCAAUGCAUACUCUGGAUUACGUUGUGAAUCAAUCGGAGUACACUGUGGAGACA